GCUCACAAUUGCUACCUCAAAUCAAUCUCCUGGUUGUUCAGACGUCAAACAUUACUGAAAUUUGAUCAUAUAAUCAUUUCAGGGUCCAUUGCUUUCUCUUUACAGAAGGGCAGAUAUUAUAACGAAAUUCGCAAAAUGGCCGAAAUCACGUAUCGCGGAGCGCUCCAGGGGCACGCUGGAUGGGUCACCUCUAUCGCGACCACCUACGAGCAGUCGAACUUGGUUGUGUCCGGUUCUCGUGACAAGACCGCUGUUGUGUGGGAAUUGACUCCGAAUGAUGCCUCCUCCCCCGGUACAAACCUACGUUAUUUUCGGAGUUCUUCUUUUCGCAUAUUCUUUAUUCUAUUCCGCGGUUAGGCUUGAUUGUGAUCGUAUAUUGAGUAGAUUAUGCCAUCGAACAACUGUGUGAAAAAGUGUCUAGUAAUUCCAAGUCGUUUUCCAAUUUGAAAUUGUAAGGUUAUGCUCGUCGCUGCCUGCAUGGACACAACCAAGCGGUGUGCGAUACCGUGAUCAGUUCCGAUGGUCAGUUUGCGCUGACGGGUUCUAUGGACAGCACGAUGCGCUUGUGGGACUUGAACACCGGUCAGUCCGUCCGCAAAUUUCGUGGGCACACGAAGGACGUCAACUCCGUGGCAUUCUCAGCGGAUAACCGCCAGAUCGUGUCCGGGUCGCGUGAUAAAACCAUCAAGUUGUGGAACACACUCGCUGAGUGCAAGUACACAAUCACGGAAGAGAAUCACACCGAUUGGGUUUCCUGUGUGCGCUUUUCUCCCUCCGCGAAGAAUCCGCUGAUCGUGUCAUGCGGAUGGGACAAGUUGAUCAAGGUUUGGAAUCUGAACAACUGCAAGCUGAAGACCAACUUGGCGGGACACACAGGUACAACUCAGAUAUUGACUGUUAAAUGUUGAUAACAAACAUUUCUCAUCGCGUUGUAUCAUUUUUCAAGAUAGGCCUGUUGUCAAAAUCGUGCGCAGCUCGAGCUUGGGGAACUGUGGGCCCUCGCAUGCCGUUGUGAGGCAUGGCACGUACAAAGAGUAACAUGCGCGACGACUUCCUGGCUAUUCCACAUUAAGAAGUAGCGUUUGAGUCUCGCCACUUCUCAGUGGCAGUGGGCCGACAAGAUGAUGCGUUCUGCAUCGUGCUCGCAAUCCUUUCUAAAUAAUAACACUUUGCUUUCGCCUUCACGUGUUGCCGUAACUCAGUCGGUCGGAACAUGUAGAAAGCGUGCUCUUCAAGUAUGAAGAUGAACAUGAUCCUGCAUAACUUCUUGACUCCCGAAUAUAAUGAUCAUCUGCAAUCAGGCGUCUUGUACACCAUCACUAUCUCUCCGGAUGGUUCUCUCUGCGGUUCCGGUGGGAAAGAUGGAACUGCGAUGCUGUGGGACGUCAAUGACGGCAAACAUCUCUACUCCCUGGACGCCAAUUCCACUAUCAAUGCCAUGUGCUUCUCGCCGAAAAACUACUGGCUGUGCGCUGCCACAGACACGAGUAUCAAAAUCUGGGACUUGGAGAACAAACUGAUCUUGGACGAGCUGACAACCAAGACUAUUCCGAAGUCCGGCAUCCCGUGGUGUGUGUCCUUGCAGUGGUCCGCCGACGGUAACACGCUUUUCGCCGGUUCAACGGACGGACACAUCUACGUCUACUCGAUUGGGCGUUCCUAAAGGUUCGAGCCUGAACUUUUUCUAAAUGAAAAAGUUUCGGAAUGACCGGUUGAAGCAUAACUUGUACGCUUGUCACGGAUUGUAAUUGUUAACCGAUCACGACCGAGAGAUUGCCUUACGGGAGGCGGAGGCGUCCACCAGACUCUGAAUCCAUGCAUAUGCUUUUACUUGUCUCGUAACGUGAUGCGGCGCGCCGCUAUGUUGGACGACUGGAGUACGUGUGCUUCGACUGCUAGCUGCUCUCUGCCGGUGGCUGGAGGAAGGAUCUAUUGAGAUGAUGAAGUCGCUGAAGUCAGUCGUUUUAGCCGGUCGCAAUGCACCAGAACGAGUCAGGUUAAAGACGAUGUGUCAGUGCGUUUAGUGGUGUACUUUCCUAUGGCCAUUUAGGGCUGCAACCAGUCUAACUUUCUGGCCAGCUGAUGUGACCUUCGUAUUUAUUUCUCGUUAUGAUAUGUGAACCCGCUUUGAAGAGCAGGAGAGAAAAGCA